AUGGAACGCAUAAAAGAGCUGGGAAUCCCACUUUACAUCAGCGGAGGAGAAUGCGACUCUUACUUGACUUACCCUACUUUUGAAGAAGUCGAUGUUCCAGAGUACGAUAUCAAGCGUUCAGUUGCUUCUAACCUCAAGGUUUUGUCGAACACUCUCGACGACUGGGUCUCUUCUUUCGUUUGUCUCGAAGAAGACACCUUUGAAGCCAAGAAAAAUCUUCACGUCCUGUCCCGAAUCAUCGACAACCUCGAAGAACUUGCUCAAAAAUUGACUGGCGACGAUGCUCCCCAGCUUUUCUACUAUUCCAUUUCCGAUGAAGCCAUGGAUGGCGAAGCUGCUGCAAACUACUGCUACGAAAAGGACAUGUGGCUCGCCGAUCCUGCCAAUAAUAUCAAAAAAGAUCUGAUUCUCGAUGCUUUGGAUGGGCAAGAGGGUGAGUUUUGGGUUUAUAAUUACUACAGCUGUGGAACCAUCGAUGCGAAUGGCGCUGAAACUGUUAAAGACUGCAGCACUCAGCCAGGGUUUAUUGAUACUCUCCGUGUAAUUUGCGAAGCUGGUGAAUUGUCUGAAACCACCACCACCACAACAACACCAACAACCACUACGACAUUGGUGCCACCUGAAGAUUGUUAUGCAAUCAUUACUAUGGACGGUCAGGAAAAAUACGAUGAUGCUGCCACGAAAUGUCAAGACAUUGGCGCCGCUGUUUUUUACGCUAGAACUGUCGAUGAGUACAAUCAAUUCCUCGAAUCGGGAGAUAAACGAAAGGAGUGGUAUGGAAUCAAAAGAACAUCCAAGUACUCAACAACUUGGGUUAACAGUAAUGGUGGAAGUGAGUUCUACACUAAUUGGAACUGGGGAGAGCCAAACAACUCUGGAUACAACGAGGGUUGUGGAGAAAUCGGCAUUACCGGUGGCCUGAACGAUAUCCCAUGCGAUACUUAUCGAGCUUAUAGCUGCGCGAAAGUCCUUCCUUUCGGCGAAAGUUUCACAAAUCCAGAUGAUGAGAUCUGCCAGUGUACUGGAACUGGGCUCAUUUGCAAGCCAAAGUACACUUGCGGCGUUUUCGAAAAACAAGAAGAGAAAGAGUACUACGCUGAUGCUAAGGCUAACUGUGAAGCGGCUGGAGGACAUCUUGCAUUCUUCAAAAAUGAGAAUGAAUUCGAUUUGUUCAUGGACAUGGCGAAAGAAGCUGAACAGUGGAUCGGCUACGAGCGAACUGGCCCUGGAGAAGAAGAUUGGAUAACAGCCGAUGGUUCAGAGGAUUUCUACACCAACUGGAAGAAUAAUGAGCCUGACAACGAGGACGACAACGAGUAUUGCGCUGAAAUCGACGUCGAAGACGACGGAAAGAUGAGCGACGUACCCUGUAAAUACACCAAGGAUCAAAGAGGGAAAGGCGAAGGAGAAUCCAAGAGACACUACACUUGCCGAAAAGAAGUUGGGCCUGGUGAAUUCUUUUUCAUUAAUAUCAAGGAUGACAAGAAGGGACCCAAGGGCAAAAAUAAAGAGCAAAUUUGCGAGUGCACAGAAAAUGGUGCCGAGUGCGAGGAGUUGUUGGAAUGCCCCCAGUUCAUCAGAAUGGAAGGUGAAGUGACGUAUGCAAAUGCAUCGGCCAUCUGCGCAGAGCACAAUGGAUACGUCAGCUUCUUCGAAGAUGAGGACGAGUUUGAAGAGUUCAUGGACGAAGACGUCAAGAGAAAAGAAUGGCUCGGAAUCGUUCGAACUGGGUAUGACUCAGACGAUUGGGAAACCGCGGAUGGAGAGGACGAUUUUUACAUCAACUGGAACUCUGGUGAGCCGAACAAUUCUGGCGGGAACGAGUGGUGCGGCGAAAUCCUCAUGAUGAACGGAGGAGUCUUCAACGAUGUCCCCUGCGAUGCCAAACGAGCAUUUUCUUGCAGAAUUACAAAAAUGAAGAGAGGCAAAUGCUAA